GGUUAAAAAAUCAAAAACAAUCAUCAGACAAAAGUAAGAAUUCUUUUCAGCAUCAAUAAAUCUUUGUAGUGAUUGAUUGGUCAAACUGUUGCUCUUAGUUUCUUGUGAUUGUCAGCCAUGGGUUCAUUGGGUUCUUUGGUUUCUUGUGAUCAAGAAGAAGUGCUAAUUCAAAAUGUUUGUGAGAUCUAUGACAACCUAUCAACCUUGAAAAGCCUCAAACCUUCAAAAGAUGUUGACACUCUUUUCACUCGACUAGUCCUAACUUGUAUACCACCAUCUCCAAUUGAUGUAACCAAAUUAUCUGGAAAAGUCCAAGGAAUCCAUUCCAAACUCAUUCGUCUAUGUGGAGAAGCCGAAGGUCUCUUAGAGUCGCACUUCUCAACCCUGUUAGGUUCCUUCAACGUCCCACUUGAUCAUAUUAACAUUUUUCCAUACUACACCAAUUACAUCAAACUUGGCCGUCUUGAGUAUACCAUACUUAGCAAUUACAUCACAAAUCAAAACCCAAGUGACAUCGCUUUCAUUGGAUCCGGACCUCUGCCUCUCACGUCGAUAGUAUUGGCUUCAUACCACCUGAGGAACACUAUGUUUCACAAUUAUGAUAUUGACCGGUCAGCCAAUGCUUUGGCUACUAACUUGGUCGCUGCAGAUCCCGACUUGUCGAAGCGAAUGUUGUUUCAUGAUACUGAUAUUAUGGAUGUUACUGCAGGUUUAAGCGACUACGAAGUUGUCUUCUUAGCUGCCUUAGUUGGAUUGAACAAAGAAGAUAAACGCAAAGUCAUUGAUCAUCUGGCUAAGUACAUGGCACCAGGGUCCUUGUUAAUGUUGAGGAGUGCUCAUGGUGCUCGUGGUUUUCUAUAUCCAAUUGUUGAGCCUAGUGACUUACCAGGUUUCGAGGUUCUCGCUAUCUUUCAUCCGAUGGACGACGUCAUAAAUUCGGUGAUUGUUGCGCGUAAAAGUAAGGAUAAAUACCAGUACUAGUUCAUGGAGUAACUGAUUUGUGAGAAUUUGGAUUUAUCUGUCCUCAACCUGCAAAAGUGAGAGAUGCCCGCUUAAUAAAAAUUCCUUUUGUGGAUGUUGUGAGUGUGUGAAGUGUAAGUUCUAUUUUACUUCAAUAAAAU